AUGACGCCAUUACCUGCAAUUGCUGCCGCGGUGCACAGGCGAGAACAGGCUAGCAAACGCUGCACGUCUCGUGGCGACACAAAAACGUCCAAGUCUACGGCGACUCGCGGCGAUACAACUACCAAGUCUACGGCGUCUCGCAGCGAUACAACUACAAAGUCUACGGCGUCUCGCUUCGAUACAACUGCCAAGUCUACGGUGUCUCGCGGCGUCACAAAAACGCUCAAGUCUACGGCGUCUCGCGUCGGUACAACUACAAAGUCUACGGUGUCUCGCGUCGGUACAACUACAAAGUCUACGGUGUCUCGCGGCGUCACAAAAACGCUCAAGUCUACGGCGUCUCGCGGCGAUACAACUACCAAGUCAACGGUGUCUCGUGGCGACACAACUACCAAGUCUACGGCGUCUCGUGGCGACACAACAACCUCCAAGUCUACAGCGUCUCGCAGUGACAACAAUGUUCAAGUCUACAGCGUCUCGUGGAGACACGACAACGUCCAAGUCUACGCAGUCUCGCAGUGA